CACCUGCGCCAGGUCAGUACACGGCGCGAUGUCAACCUGAGUGCGCUGUGCCUCGGGAGAGUGUGCGUGAGCGGAACAGAGGGAGAGAAAGACAGACCGUGAAGACAACCCACAUCAUGGAGGAGCCUCAGCCAGCUCCUGAGGCCGCAGAGGACUCGCCUUCUUCCUCAGGCCUCCACAAGGCACUUCAGGCGAUCUACUUUACCUUUGACAUCAUCAGCAAGGCCCUCCAAUGGACCAACGACCACAUGGGCAACUUCAACGUAUACCUGUUUAUCAAGUACUUCUUGGCCUCAGUUGUGUUCUACUUCGUGGCCUGUGCAAGCUUCGGCUGGGUGACGCUGGGCAUCAUCUACCUCGUCAUCUCCCACGAACGCCGAAGCAAGCGGGACCUUCGAGCUGCCCUCGCGCAGGCGGAUGGGUCCACGCUGCAGAACAUUUUCGCUGCGUCGAUGCACGAGAUGCCUGCUUGGGUGAAUGUGUCUGUUCCAGCACCAGGAGAAGGUACCGAGCCUCCUGCAGAGGUUACUUCUGUUGAAGAGGUGAUGUCCACAGCAGCUACUCCUCUGAUGCAGAUGUUCCCCUCGGCAACAUCCAGCGAAGAAUCGUCCAUCAGGCAGAGGACAACGCCUGGAAGCAAUGCUGGGAUACAUGGGCUUGGUCGUGUUCAGCUGACAGUCAAGUAUGGUCCAAGGAACAAUCUCAUCAUUGUUGUACAUCAGAUUGAGAAUUUGCCAAAGGAGGAGGAUGGAGAGCUGCCUGAUCCCUAUGUGAAGUUAUACCUUCUACCAGACCGCUCAAAAGACAGCAAGCGAAAAACUGAUGUCAUCAAAGAUGACUGCAAUCCCAAGUAUGAUGAGCGCUUUGAGUAUCCUAUCCCACCCAAUGAGCUCACACAACGCACCCUGGAAGUUAGUGUCAUCAACAAGAAGGGACUUCUUUUCUUGCAACGAUCACCAAAGAUGGGUCAGGUCAGAUUGGACUGUGGCCUCCUUGACUCCAGCAAGAUGACCCAGUGGUAUGACCUUGCUCCAGCAGCGGAUGAUGAUGAAGAGUGAGGACGGCAAAGUGUGCUAGGCCGAGUCGGAAGUUGGCGAGGGAGCCUUCGCCGAAUUACUAAGCUAGCUGAUAUCGCUAAGAGUAAAAAGAAAAAAAAAGUAUGAUUGUUUAAGCUAGCUUCAAAUGCUUCUAUGGAUGUAUGAUUUUCUCGCAAAACAGAUAGUACAGAUAGCAUAUGUUUAGAUAGUGUUUUGAUUUGAUUAUUUUGAAACAUGGGAAUGGUGAGGCAAGAAUACAGGCUGAUGAACAGUUAAUUGCGAGACAAGGAAAAUGCAGAUCAUAACACACAAAGAAAAUUUUACCCAUGCAAUGCCUGGAAUGAGCAAACACACUUGGCCUGCACACUUGGUCGUACAAUAAUGUUUAUUGAGGGUUACAUUGAUACCAGAAUCAAUGAAAAGCUAUUUGGUAGAACAGCUUAUAGGCUACUAAUUAAUAUUUUGUUCUCUCUUCUGUAAAAUCCCUUUUCCUGCUGCUGAAGUUAUGGCACUUGACACAAAUAAUGAAAUUGGAACUUUCAUCCAUUCUCUUUAUAAUGAGUUUAGGAAGUAGAUGAAUAUAAAUUGAAAUUAUGGAAUCCUUGUUUUUUCUUUUAGGUAUCACCACAAGUUAGUUAAAAAAAAAUAAUUGUAAAUUUCAGUAUUGUGUGGCCUUAAUUAGUGUGUUCUUCAGUCCAGGGUUAUUUUUAUAUUUGCCUUAUAGUUAACAGCACAAAUAGGAGCUUUUACAAGUACUUGCAUUUUACUUUAGGUUAGUUUUUUAUAGAAAGUAAUUUUCCAAGCUUAUUUUUGUUAUUGUCAUUCAUAAAUUUCACCAUUCACUGUGCCCAUCAUUCAAAGAAAAGAAAAAAAGGUGGGUGCUCUUGCAUCUCUCACUCAUCUCCCUAGUAUAUAUUAUGGUUGUGUGUAGGACAUGGUAGACAGGAAGAGUGGAUUGAUAUCCCAUAGGCCUGUGCGUGUUCAUUCUUUAGUAAUCUCAUAGUUUUACCAUUUAGUUCAGAUUUGUGUGCCAAUUUGAUAGCCAACUCUGGCUGUUCUUUAAAUGUGUCCUGCAGUUAUUCUCUUUUUCACACAUUGCAAUAGUAACUUAAUGUUUGCUUGUAUUGUUAUAUUGUACUGAUUUAUGGAGCUUUAGCUGGAAAAAAAUAUAAGAAAAGGUUUAAAUAUGAGUUUUAUUAUAUAUUUUUUGCAGCAAAAUAUCUUUCUCAGGAACAAGAGAAGCAAAUGGCUGCUGUGUAGAUGUAUAUUGAGAACUGUGAAAAAAGCUUACUUUCCUAAAAGUAAACAUGUAAGGAAAACAUAUAAGAAAAAAGAAAAGGUAAUUCUCAACAGAAAAGAAACAAGGAUUUGGUUAACCAGUCAGAAAGCACCAUUCAUUCCAGAAUGGAAAAUUUAAACUUUGCUAGUGAGCUUUGAUAUUCAUUGAAGACAAAUUACAAGGUAAUAAUGCAAUGCUUAGAAAUGAUGCAAACUUUGUCUUUUCAUUACUGACAAGGUGUGAAGCAUUAUUUGGACAGCUUAUAAAGCUUGAGGAGAAUAGAAAUUACAGAAAUGACAGCUAAGGCAGCAAGAUAUUUAUUAUCUUUCGUACUUGAAUGGCGCUAAAGCAUGACUAAAUAUGUUUCCCAGUAAUGUUUGAUUUUUCAUGUGCCAUGAUCACAUGGUGGAAGUUCUUAUUAUAAAACUUUUAAUAUUGUAUUUACAAAGUUUUGUUGCAUUUUGCUCUACAUCCCAUCCAGACAUUCAGAUAAUGUGAGUAAUUACAUUGUGUUUUGGGGCUUAGAUCAUGUAAUAACUUUUUUAUUGUUACUUUUUAGGGAAGAAUUAUCUUCAACAAUUAACUUCAUACCAGUGUUUAGAAAACCUAAAAAGGAGUAUAUGCUAAGUAUUGACCGAGAAUAUACAACCGACACUGAUAGUCAUCCCAUCAGUUAUAAUAAGUGGUUUAUUAAAUCCAGUAGGGCAAUAGGGUUUCUUUCUAAUUGGUGCUAUAGUAUUUUAGUGAGGAAUUUUGCUGUUGAUCUUUUUCAGUGUUAAUAAUUGGUAGUAAAAUUAACAUAGAGAGACAAUGAAUUACUUAAAAUAUAAUGUUAUAUGCAUUAUAAAUUUGCCUUGCUAUAUUAAACGAAAAAUAAGACUGCCUUUAGUGUAUAGAUUAUGUACAAUAUAUUAAAUAUUUAUCUGUUAGAUUUAUGCAGCUUGCAUUGUUUAUGCCAAGAUCUGAAAAUGUAGUUGCUAUAUACAAUUUAUUUUGCUAAAUUUGGCCCUUUGUGGUAGGCUUCAGCCGAUUGACAAGCCCCUAAUAAUGAGAUAUUUUUUCUUCUUUUAAUCAUUAAUUAUUUUAAUCUCGCAAUGUGGUGUAUUUGCAAAACACACUUAAAUUUACAGUGAUAUAAAUGUUCCGAGUUUCUGAACGUGUUGCAUAGCGUGCAGUCAAAAGUCAUAGGUUAUAUUAUAGAAAAAUCUGUACAGUUACAAGUAAAACAUAAUCUUGAAUGGUAUGCCUUAUUAAAAGUAGUUAUUUUAGAUAUUUUGUCCAAAAAGAGCUUGAUGAAACGUAUUACCGAUCUAUGCUUGUAACAGAGUAAAUCAGGAUAUGCUUUAGCCUACAUGCAGAUGUGUGGAUGUUUACGAGUACUCAUGUGUUUACAAAGGUGGGUGACUGUGUGUGCCUGUGUGUGUGCAUGCAGAUACAGAAAUAUAUGUUUGUAUAAGCUUUACUUGCAUUGUUUAUUUAUACAGACAUAUUUGUGCACAUCUUUCCUUUAUUUUGUAUUUUCAAAAGUCACUGAAAAUUGUACUUAAGAGGUUCAGGUUCAUAUUAUAUAUCUACCAAAAGAUUACUCUAUUGCUUCUUUGAUUGUUGAAUGUUAUAUGGAUGGAAAAGAUCUUAGAUAUAUUGGUUUCUGCAAUUAUUUGGUGCUAAAUACAGCCACCAAAAACAAAGUUUUGUGUUAUUGGUUUUCUUGAUUAGUGUGCUAAUGUUGGAAUAUUUCAUUUUUGGGAAACCUGUUUUACUUACAAAAAUAAAAUCUACCACUAAGAAAACACCUUAAAGGACCCACCAAGAACGCUGCUUUUAGAAAUGGGGAAAACAAUGAAGAAAUGUACUUUAAGACUUUGUUAUUGGUCCAAAAAUGUGGAUGAUCGUGAAUUCCCAGGAUGUUAUCAAGAAAAGAAAAAAAAAUUGAUUAUUAAAAAAACACUGAUUAUUUUAUUCAUAAGCCCAAUAUGAAUCCUCUGAUAUUGCAUAUAUACUGUAAGCUGUAAACUAACAACUAUGUACCAAAAAAUUCUACAACCUGAUGUGUCUAUUUUAACUACUACUUUGUGAUAAUUGUCCUGGUGAAGGUUAUUAUAGAUGAAUAAUAAAGCUUUUUCAAAUUUAUA